AAUGCCCAAAUCAAAGGAACUUGUGUCUUCAAGCUCAUCUGCCAGUGAUUCAGAUAGUGAAGUUGACAAAAAGGCAAAGCGGAAAAAGCAAGCAGCGCCAGAAAAGCCUGUAAAGAAACAAAAGACUGGUGAAAGUUCAAAAGGUGCAGCUUCUUCUAAGCAAAGCAGUAACAGAGAUGAAAAUAUGUUUCAGAUUGGCAAAAUGAGGUAUGUCAGUGUUCGUGACUUUAAAGGGAAGGUUUUAAUUGAUAUAAGAGAAUAUUGGAUGGAUCAAGAAGGCGAAAUGAAGCCUGGCAGAAAAGGUAUUUCUUUAAAUCCAGAACAGUGGAACCAGCUGAAGGAACAGAUAUCUGAUAUUGAUGAUGCAGUAAGAAAACUGUAAAGACAAAGCCAUGCCGAAAUGUUUAUCAUUUUUGUUGUUACAAGUGGUCUUUUUACAUUGGCUUUUGUUUUCUAAAAUAUUGUUUUCCAAGCUAUUGUAUAUUUGGAUUGCAAAACAAUUUGUAAGAUGAAUACUUUUUUUAUGUGCAUUAAAAGUGUAUUCUGAGUGAGGCUAUUUGUGUAUACUUUACUAAAAGGAAAUGUGUUGCUCUCACAUCAUGGUGUAAAAUAAACCAGUCAAAUAAUAUGUAAAGCA